AAUACGCCAUCUUACUGUUUUCACCAAUGUAAUAUGAAAACAUUUAAUAUUAACAAAUUUGUAACAAAAUCGCCAAAAUGGAAAUUCCAAUUCCGGAAUUUAGCGAAUUUGUACAGCAAGUGGACAAAAUUUUAACAACGUUAAAAUGCAGCCUAUGUGGAGACGAAAGACGUUGGUCUAUAAGGAUCAGAAAUUGCAACCACGUUUUUUGUAAGGAUUGUUUUAGUAGUUCCACUCCUCUGCUUUGUCCCAGUUGUAAUGUAGAAUACACUGACGAUGAAAAACAGGAUGAUUAUUUAAUUGACAUGAAGAAUUUCGUUAAGAAACUGUCUUUAAUACUAGAUCCUAAGCCAAAAUAUGAGGCUACCAUAACACCUGAAACAAGUAGGAUGAUAGUUUACGAAGGCUUAGAAUACAGAAUUAAAAUUUUGCCACCAGAUUUGAAAUAUAAAAAGAAUAGGAAUGGAGAACAUCCACUUCAUCUUGCAUGUAAAUCAAAACAGGUUGAUAAAGUAAAACAAUUAAUUGAACAGGGUCACAACAUUAACUGUAGGGAUCAUGCUGAAUGGACACCUUUACAUGAAGCUGUGGUAGCCCAAAGUCUGGAAUGUUGUAUUGUAUUACUUGAAAAUGGGGCAAUAGUUGAAACAAGUGGUUCAGAUUAUGUAACUCCUUUAUUCAAAGCUGUUGAAAAGUGUAACUUGGAGAUUAUUAAAAUUUUAUUGCAAUUUGGUGCAAAUGUAGAUGUUACCGAUUAUUAUGGUCAAAAACCCCUAGAUUAUACAACUGAUAAUGAAAUACAGCAAUAUUUGUUGCAAUGUUCAACUUCAGUAGUGACUACAAAAACAUUAUAUUUGCCUUCUAAAUUGACUCUGUAUUUACAUUCAAUUAAUCAAGAAUAUAUUGACAUUAUAAAAUCAAAUAAAAACGUAUUUGUUAUAAAUAAGUUUGAACCAACUGGAAUCAAUUAUAUUGUUAUAAAGAAAAGUCACAAACUUUCCUGCAAAAUUUUGGGUGCUAUUGUUGCAGGCAUACCAUUUUUAAUUCAAGAAGAUCUAACUCAUUUGGAUUCAGAUACAUUGUACAACAGAUUAAAGAGCUUUAAUUUUAUAGAUAACAAGGAUAUAAACAAUGCUAUAUGCAAAAGUACAAUGAACACAAUGCUUAACUGUCCAAAACUGUUUGAUGGUUGUAGUUUUUACAUAAACCACAAAAAAGAAGUUAACAUUUAUUCAUUGACAGUUAAUGAAAAAUUUCUGAAAUAUUUAAUUGAAUUAGGUCAUGGGAGAAUAAUGCAAAGGGAACCUACAUUAGAAGAUGAAAGUUUAUGUUAUCCAUAUCACACAGAUAAGAAAUCUGUUUUUGCAAAUUGUAAUAAGUAUAUUGUGUUUAAUGGGAAUGAACCUCCCAAAUUGCAAUAUAAAGUUAAGCAUUUGAGACAUGUUUCUUCAAAGUGGUUGAUUGACUGUAUUCUCAAAUUUUCUCUUACUGAAGAUUAAAUACAGUUUUGUACAAAUAACAUUAUUAAUAAAGCUAUCAUGUGUUUUGCAAAAAUUAAACAAAAAAUAUGUAUAUUUUAUUUAAACAUAUU